GCCGUCUUGCCGAUCGCCGCCAGUGGCUUGCUCGGUGCCUUGGGUGCCUGCGUGGUAUUAGGGAGCCCACUCCGGCAACAGUCCCGCUUGUCUUUCCUCAUCAACUCUCCGUCCAGCCCAAGUGUCUGUCUCACAACUCCCGCAAAAAAAUCCACCGGCGGUUUAACAGCCCCCGCGAGUCGUCGAUUAAAAAAAAAAUCAACUAAACAAUUCUAAACGAGUGAACGAAUGCCGAAUGAAGAGUCAUUUCAAUCGACGAGAGAAAAUAAAAUAAAGUGGCAGCGGAGGCUCUUCUCUCCGCCCGUUCUCCGGACUUCUACGAAGUGAGUUUUUUUUUUUUUUUUUCUCAACGUCCGGCCUCUCUCGGCAGUCGGGUACGCGCCCAAGACCCCGGAGUUUUAAAAAAAUCCGACAAAUGCGGGCGAGUGAUGACUGCUAACGUGAAAAAUCAGUGAAUUAUCGUCGCACCCCGAGGAGUGGUUCUCGAAAGUGGUUGACACGUAUAAUAACUUGAAGUGGGGGGAGAGAAAAUAAGCCGCCCCCCUCCCCCUGGCUCCCCCCCUACUCUAACAUUUCGAAGUGGUAUCAUAACUACGAGGUGUGCUGCAAGACCCGGAAAACCGUGCACACUCGGUUGCAAUGGUGGGGGAGACAAAAUACCACUGCUAACAGCAAAAUAAAAUUCCCAAAUAAGUCGGAAAAAUCGUUGAAGUGGCCCCGAAGUGCCCGGCGUUUAAAAAAAGUGCCUAAACCUUGUGCUAAAAUUUUUAAACCCAAUCCCAUCGCGCCGACAAACCAAUUAAUCGAGCACAACUGAUUUGAUCGGCCAAUCCCCGGGGGUGAAGACGUAAAAUCGACCUAACAAACUCGGAAAAGCCCAAACAAAAGGAAAAUACGGGGGGGAAGAGACCGAUAAAAGAGCUGCGGGAGGUGUACCGUGGGGAUAGUGACGCGACUGGGCAGCACCACCAGUUGGAAAAAAAAAAAUUAAGAGUGAGACAGUGAAGACCAGUCUGCAGGCGAGACACCGAGUGCCGGAUGCCAGCGGGUGCAACCGAGACGGGUUUAUUUAUUGUAAAAACGAGGGGAAUUGAGAGAGUGGGUAAGACUGUAGAGUCGCAGAGGUACGUAUAUUUACGUACCACAUGAUACAAUACGAGUGAGUGCCCGGUGUACAGUAAGUACGAUCGCAAAACGUAAAUUACGAGUCGAGUAGACCUGAGAAUUUCGGAAGUGCCCGGGGGUAAACGUUCGCCAAAUUCGAUGAUUCAUGAUUUUUUCGGGGGCCAUUAUCGCGACUGAAGAGCGUUUUUCAACCCCCGCUCCCCCCCAAUUGGCAAAAAUUAAUUGAACAUAAUUAAUUGGCGGAAACAAUCGAGGAGCAAUAAAAAUAGAUAAAAUGGCGCUGAAUCCGGACGUUGAUCAGCUGUCGAAGGGCAAUUUAGUGGUCAGAAUUGACCAGAACUCGGAGUCUGAUCUUCAGGCCCUCUUCGACAGUGUUUUGAAGCCUGACUCAAAGCGUCCACUUCAGGUGCCACUUCGCAUGCGCAAUCUGCCCGAUUCAUUUUUCAAUCCACCGUCAACCGGAAGUAAGAGCCCAUCGAUAUCGCACUCGCGUGAAAAUUCAGCGGACUCGGCAUUUGGCACGAUAAUAAGCAACAGUGGGCCGGGUAAUACAACACCGAGUGGCAAUAGUAAUGGCAAUAGCACAGCCAAUCAGACUAGUGUACCAGCGGGACUCACUGUUGCACAUCCGAGGGCACACAGUAGUCCAGCAUCGUUGCAGCAGACUUAUGCUGCUGCACAACAGGCGACACAGCAUGCACCACAGCCACAUGCGAGACAUGUGCACCACCAGAAGCAGAGGAGUUACGAUGUUAUUAGCACGGUUGACGAUCUGGGACCACUGCCACAUGGCUGGGAACAGGCACGCACACCUGAGGGACAGGUUUACUUUCUCAAUCACUUGACACGAACGACAACAUGGGAGGAUCCGCGCAAAACAGCGGCAGCGGCCAAUGUGACGACAAUAGCAGCGGCUGAGAAUGGUAAAUCACCGGCGGGAGCUGGUGCAAAUGCCCUUGGUCCACUGCCCGAGGGCUGGGAGCAGGCACGCACACCCGAGGGUGAGAUUUACUUCAUCAACCAUCAGACACGAACGACGUCUUGGUUCGAUCCGAGAAUUCCAACGCAUCUUCAGAGAGCCCCAACAUCCGGUGCAAUGUUACCCACAAACUGGAUUCAACCACCUGGUGCUACUGGUCUACAGAGCAAUCAGACUAUUCAGGUGUGUCAACAGAAAUUGCGACUCCAGUCGUUGCAGAUGGAACGAGAGCGACUCAAGCAGAGGCAAGCUGAGAUUAUGAGACAGCAAGAACUGAUGCUGAGACAAAGCAACACAGACGCCUCGAUGGAUCCAUUUUUGUCCGGUAUGAGUGAACAACACGCGCGUCAGGAGAGUGCUGACUCUGGUCUCGGUCUCGGCUCGGCUUAUUCACUCCCACAUACGCCCGAGGAUUUUUUGUCGAAUAUUGAUGACAAUAUGGAUGCCACGAGUGAUGGUGGAGCACCAAUGGAAACUCCAGACAUAUCAACUCUGAGCGAUAACAUCGAUUCUACCGAUGAUCUUGUGCCUACCCUACAGUUUAGUGAAGAACUAUCGAGUGAUAUCCUGGACGACGUGCAAUCCCUGAUAAACCCGAGCAGCACGAAACCGGAGAACGUCCUGACGUGGCUGUAGUACGAGCCCAAUGGUCCAACAAUUCGAUCCCAUCCAACUCGAGUUAAGUGGCAUCGACACUGAAUGCCUUUUCCACAAGUUGAAGCAUGCAAUUCAAACAAGACAGCAUAAAUUCCCAUCCAAUUCACCUUGAGCCUCGAAAGAAAUCCGACUAAUCACCAAGUGCCUUAAAAAACCUAAAAAACCAAGAGAACGAAAUUCUUCAACAAAACAUGAUCCAUCCAUUUUAAAUUCUCUUCGAGGGUGUAAAUAAUCAUCUCAUACGACAAUAAUAAAUGUAAAGAGUCAGAGACACGCUGAAAAAAAUCAUAAAUCUAUAAUCAAUAAAUCAUUGUCGAACGACGUACAUAAAGUAUUGAAGUGUAGCUCAAGUCUGGUAUCAUGACGUAUCAGAUUAAUCGUUUAUGGACUCUCGAGUCAUGUUGAAUCGAAUGUGCAAUUAAUAAUCAAUGUUACAAGACAUUAAAAUCAUGAGCCAGGUGAGUAAACUAAGAGUUAACGAUUAAUGAAUAAAAAAAAUAUCAAGUUGAAGUGAUGAAAGAAAGGCAGAGUAAAGAGAUGCCUUAAUUAGUGCCUUUUGAAUAAAACUCAAUGAUGAAAGCCAUCAUUUUUAAACAAUAAGCAGUAACCGUCCAUAAGAACCAUUUAAUGUUAACGAAAAUAACGUCUUUAUUCGUUUUAUGUAAACGACGUUGAAUUGAAUAAGAAACUCGAGCAUUUUUUUCUUCUUUUUUUUCGUCUGAGGCAUCGAGUGAACGUGCGAAAUGAAUAGUAAAUAUAUCCACACAAAUAUUAUAUAUUUUUUUUAUAUAUAAAGUCUAUAAUUGUUACGAGUUAGUUAUACGAAUGCCUUGUUAGAUUGUAAUGUUUCGAUACGUUUUAUAUGACAUGGAAUAAUCAUUUGUCUCGCUGUUGGAGGCGAGGAGCAUUGGAAAAUUGAAAUUAACGCCAAGAGAGCGAAUUUCGGGUGAUUAUUGGCAUUGGCUGUUGCUCCUGUCUCCAUUAUUCUCAUUGCAUUGAGUGUCACGAUAAGAUUUGUCGAUUUAUAUCGAUGUAGUUGAUAUUAAUGUUCUGCUCCAUGUGAAUGAAGAGUAAAAUGACGGAAUUGUCGUUUUUGUCUGCUUCACUCGACAGAAUUGACGAGAAUUUUUUGUAAUUUAAGUUGGCAGCUCACUGAAACCAGUAAGAAGAAACGAGUGAUGAAUCGAGGAUUGGUGAUCCUGAGGUGUGAUAAUUGCUCGUUUCUUUUUGUUGAUAAGAGAUUAACGAUUAGGUGUAAUGUAAAAUUAACUCUGCAAUAGGCUCUCCCCUCUUUUCGAUUGAAAACUAUAGAAAAGUCGGUGGAGAUGCGCGAAAAUGUGCCCUUACACGAGUGAUACGAAGAUUUUGUUAUACUAUUAAUGAUAAUUAAAUCUUUGAUAUCUGUGACGUGCCUUAUUAUUGCUGUAGACAAUUAACUGUAUGUUAUAUUUAUGCUGUUACUCACGAGAUUGAUUAUGUGGAAGGAUUUAAUCGGAAAUUGAUGUGUUUAUUGGAGUUGCAGGGAACGAUUGGUUUUAUCGAGUUCUGUAAUUUUUUUUCUUUUCUCUUUCGAUAUUAAUUCGUUGGAUUUUGUGUAAUGUAUUGCUUCAAUUAUACGUUCGAUUGUUUAUGAUUAUUUUCGCUUCUUUUUUAUUCAUUCAUGGGGAGAGUAUUUUCGGCGCACACGACGGGGGAGAGUGCAUUUUCUCGUUGUGACUCAAUCGUGGAUUUUUUUUUUUCUUUAGGAUCGCUGUAACGUUAUGAAAGACGUCAUUGUAAGAGUCUUGGCGACGAUUAUGGAUUUAUUCCUUAUUUAGAUACAGCACGCACGGUACAUAACGCCCGAGAGAUUAAUGGUUAAUUUGUAAUAACAGUUUUUUUCGACUUUUUUUUUUUUCUUUUCGUGAUAAAUCAGUUAGUUUUCUAUACCAGUAUUUGAAUAUGCUCAUUGGCCGGAUUUAAUUGUCACGUACAUUUUUAUAUUGGUAACAAAGUGCCUUAGUUGUUAAUUGUAACAAUAAAUCUACAUAUUGUUUACUUAAGUGA